UUCCUUUGGUGCCGCCGGUCGCGCGGUCAGUCGUUACAUAUCAUUUGCCGCGCGCGUUCAACGUUCAAAUUGUUACCGCACACGGUCAAUAGUUGUACAUGCAAACCGACUUGAUGUAACCGAUUAUUAAAAAAAAAUAUAUAUAAAUCAUUACAACGUCAAAUAUAUGUAGUGCGUGCCGUGGUUUUAUUUUCGUUCGGUAUUGUUGUCGUUGCGUUAAUCGGUUAGCUUGACAGUACCGUAUCUAGUAGUACCUAUCAGCAGCGGCCGCGAUUUUCCAGUGUAUCUAUAUGUAUAUAGAUUAUAUAUCGUCUACCCGUUGAUAGUGUAGACUAAGGGUACUUUUAAAUCGUUUAAACGUCUUUCGAAUACAACCGAAGAGCCCCCUCUACCCUCGUCGGCGGACCUAGAUUUGAGGGGCAACGGAUCCGAACAGGGAACUCGCUUUUUCCCCCUUGGCCGUACAUCAUCGCCACCACCGCGGCCGUCGCCGCCGCAACCGAAUGACGUGCACAGGGAUGCGGGGUACAACCGUGACGUCACCAUCAGUAACAUCAGCAUCCCAAGCACCAGCACCAGCAGCAGCAGUACCCACAGCAUCGUCUGUAUAGCUGCAGCAACGACCACGUAUUUUAAUACGCAGCCUCCCUCUUCAUCUCUUCAAUCUCUCUGCCUCUGUCGCUCAUUUCCGUCGAUACUCAGUCGGCGAUACCGUAGGCGACGUGAAAGUCUUGCGACCGCCGCGAGCUUCGAACCUUCAGAGCUUCAGAAAAGUGUUGUGUGCUGACAUUCGCGACCACUUCACGUAGUCGGGUCGCAGCGCAGGUCGCCAUGAACUGGUUAUACGUGUGCCUCGUAACCGCCACCACGCUGAUCGUGGGCGGCGUUUGUGGCCCGUUCUCGCUGGACGACACGCCGCUACACUGUUCAGUCCGGCGGAGCAUAUCGCCAUGCACGUGCAGCUACUACACGGCCAUGGUCAAGCCCCGGAUCCUGGUGGUGUGCCAGAAAAUGGAGUCGUUCCAGAGCGUCAUCGAAGCCCUGCAGAACAAGUUCGACGCACUGUUCGACUACGUGCUCAACAUCGAGUACUCGGAACUGCACGACCUCGAUUCCAGGAAGUUCAACGAGCUGGGAAUUCCCAUUGUCGACCUCAAGCUCAACAACAACAAUCUCAGUUCCCUGCCGGAACAAGCGUUCAUUGGUAUGAAGAGGAUAAGAAUACUAUACUUGUCAGACAAUCGACUGACCGAGGUGCCCACUCAGAUAUUCAAGCACAUGACCAGCAUUGAGGUGCUCAACUUAGCCAGGAAUUCCAUACACAGCGUCACGUCUGGAGAUUUUCAGAGUCUGUCGCUGAUGAACACGUUCGUGAUGGCCACAAAUAACUUGACCGAUAUCACUAACGGAUCGUUCCCAACGACUUUGAGAAAAGUGCAGCUAACCGCCAACAACUUGACCGAACUGAACGGGAAUCUAAGGAAUCAAAAGGGUUUGGAAUGGCUGUUCCUGGACAACAACCGGAUAAGGUCUCUGGACGGCGAACUGCCAGAGGAUAACGACAGCCUGAUGUCAUUGGCGGUUACCAACAACAUGCUGGACCACCUGCCCCCCGAAAUGAGCAGUCUGAAAGCGUUGAGAUAUUUGUACUGUUCUGGCAACCAACUGACGAGUUUAAACAACACCCUGUCUAGGUCGAAAAAGCUCGUAUGGCUCGAGUUGGCCGGCAACAUGAUAGAAGAGUUGUCACCAAACGAGUUUCUGGAGGCCACGCAGAUGGCCACGUUGGAGCUGAGCCACAAUCGCAUCAGGCACCUGAACAAGUCGCUGUUGCCCCUCAGCAUGCUGUCCGAACUGAACUUGUCCCAUAACAACAUGACGGAAUUUUCGUUUGCCGAAAUCAAAGGGCUCAAGGAUCUCAAGACGGUCGAUUUGUCGAACAAUAAAAUAUCAAAACUCACCGGACACACCGAGAUACUGAGUGAACCGGUCACUGGCGCGGAACACUUGAAGUUGGACCAAAACGAGUUGACGUCGCUGGGCGGCACGUUGUUGGGCAUCACGACGCUCAAGAAACUCAACAUAAGUCACAAUAAGUUCACCGAAUUGUCGCCGUACGACCUGACAGGAUUGAAUUUGGAGGUGCUGGACGUUUCGCAUAACCUUUUGCACGUGCUCCCGGACUCGUCUCAGAUCCAUUUACCGGCUCUCGAGACGUUGGUGGCAUCGUACAACUCUUUGACCAGCCUGCACAAAGAAUUCCACGGAUAUCCGGUGCUCUGCCACGCUGAUCUCGAGUACAACAGUAUAAUGACCAUACGCGAAGAAUUGGUCGACAUGACUCAGUGCAAAUUGCACGGAGUUAACAGCACGUUGAGAAUUUAUCUAGAAGGCAAUCCCGUGCUGUGCGACGACGGCACGAAAAUCAUAACGAACGCAAUGGAACAAAAGCACAACGCUGAGGUAAGCGGCAAGGCCUCGCCCAAGUGCGCUUUGGUCACCAACGACAUCAAAUCCAACUUGACCGACAUCGACACGUCCGGCAUCGCCGUGAUCGUCGCCUGAUCCAACGCGUAUUAUCCCUCAAGAGUUAUUAAUAUAAUUAAAUAAUAAUAAUAACGAUAAAUAUAUACAAUAUUUAUAUAUAUUAUAUUACGAUAGUAUAUAUAUAAAGUUUACCGUGUUAAUACUAGAAUUAUUAUUAUUAUUGUUUAUAGACAUACACUACUUAUAUUUCUAUAUAUUUAUUUGUUUUUACCUACCUGUUAAUAAUGAUAGUUUUUUUUGU